UUUUCUCAAGGACAGCGAGUGUGUAUGAGGAAUGCUUUGAUGCAGUAGGUCUACAAAUACAGUCAGAGGGGAGUGCAUGUGUGUGUGUGUGUGUGUGCUUGUUUGUGUUUGUUUGUGUGUGUGGGCUUCAUCCUCUGACAUCUGGCAAUAUUUCUGUUGAGGUAAACAAGUCAGAUUUUGGAGAGAAAGGAUCAUCGACCUGAGCCUAGUCUGUUCAGAGAGUUUGGGAAUGUAAUGUGCUGUGAUUCAGAUGGUCCGAGGCAUCAAAAAACACCACAGAGCACUUGCAGACUGACAGGUGAUGCAGCUGUAUCCCAGCUGUGCCGUCGUCAUCAGACACUGAUGUCUCUUUAGAUGAUGGUUCAGAUGAAACGACACAAAUGAGAUUAUGGGUGGCCCCUACCCUCUUACCUUUGUCCCAUCUGGAUCUACCUGGACGUCCUGUUCUCCACAGCAUCCAUCAUGCACCUCUGCGCAAUCUCUCUGGAUCGAUACAUUGCUAUUCGAAACCCCUUCCACCACAGCCGCUUCAACUCCCACACCAAGGCCCGCAUCAAGAUCAUGGCAGUUUGGACGAUCUCAGUGGGGAUCUCGAUGCCAAUUCCUGUGCUGGGACUCAGGGACCACUCCAAGGUCUUCAAAGAUGGCAGCUGCCUGCUGACAGAUAACAACUUUGUGCUGGUCGGCUCCUUCGUGGCCUUCUUCGUCCCUCUCACCAUCAUGGUCAUCACCUACUUCCUGACCAUCAAUGCCCUGCAGAAUGAAGCCACCCUCUGCUUGGACCAGCUGGUCCCACGGCCCAAAUGGAGCACAACAUUUACGUUGAGCUUCCUACCACAAACCUCACUCUCCUCUGAGAAACUGUUAAGGCGCUCAAUAAGCCGUGAGGCCGGCGGCAGAGGGAGUAGCGGUGGCCUUGCAGGCGACCGUGGUAGUGUCUCUGGCUCGCUGUUUGGCCGCCGCACCAUGCAGUCAAUCAGCAAUGAGCAGAAGGCAUCUAAGGUCCUCGGGGUGGUAUUUUUUCUCUUUGUGGUCAUGUGGUGUCCAUUUUUCAUUACCAAUGUGCUGGUGGUGGUGUGUGACCCGGCGGUGUGUGACGCAAGACUCAUGGGAGGCCUUCUUAAUGUUUUUGUCUGGGUUGGAUACCUGUCAUCCGCAGUCAAUCCACUGGUCUACACACUGUUUAAUAAAACAUACCGCGCAGCAUUCCUACGCUAUGUUCGCUGCCAGUACCAGCCGGAGAAAAAGCCUCUUCAGCUCAUCCUUGUGAACACUAUCCCACCGCUGGCUUACAGCUCCACCCAGCUUCCCCUGGGCGACAUCAGGAAGUUACGAAAUGGAGCAGCGCACUCUAGUGGCGAAGUGAAGGAAUUCUCUUUACCUGGGCAGAAAACAGAGAAGUGUAGACCAGACAAAAGCCAUGGAGACAAAGAUGAGAGCUGUGUGUGAGUGUGGCUGGCAGAGCUCCUCUAAAACUGAGAUAAAACCCUGCUUCAAGGUUGAUUCUGUGCAAGUCAUGGGUUAGAUACAAUUUUAACUUCUGCUGUCACAUCAUAGUUGGAAGAGAAGGGUUCAAGGUCCAGUGUCAAGGUGCCACAGACAAAGUGCCUCCCGGUAAGGAAUUUAGAAAUACAGUCAUGAGUACUGCAACUCAUCAAGAAAAUAGAGAAUAACGUAUAAACCUAUGCAUUUCAGUGCAUUUUCAGAGCAACUUUAGAGGGUUUUCCCCAAUUCCUAUCCUCAAAUUCAUCCAGUGUCUUAUCCCUGCCUUGUCAGCAGGGUCUGAAUCAGUUGAAUGAGGUUUGUGAGUUCCUGCUUACAACAAAACAAACUUCUACCCAAACUGUCAACCAGUGCUUGUUCAUGGAUUAAAAUCACCAAAGUCUAAUUUUUUUUGGUCUCAGUGCUGUUCCAGAGCCUUGUUCCUCACUGCCAGAAAUGAAAUUAGUCUGGGAAAAUAUAUCAUUUUAUUUUUCACUUAAUCUUUUUUAAAGAUGUUGAGUCUAUCAAUGUCUUUCAGUCUGAGAGUUAAAUGAGACAGAUGAAAAAGAAGGACUGCCCAUAUAAAUGAUGUCACACACUCUUGGGCAUGUUCCCACGACAAAAAGUGACAUUAUUUACCCAUUUUAUAACUAACUCUUUGGACAUAAGGGUAAAAAUAAUUUGCAGAUUCUUCACAAUAUUACAACUUCCAGUUCCGCUUCAGUGACCUCAGCUACCCCUUAAUUUCGGCUUCUUGGGAUCAGCCAGGUGGCCUCUACCUCCCAUCAUACCUUUUGGUGGAUCAGCAGGGAUUAAGCUGGAUUUCUUGCCACCUUACCAGAUGUUAGUGUUGGGGAGGGAGAGCCUGGAUGAGCCUCACACACCGGGACUCCAGACACUUGCAGAGGUCAGAUAAAGCUGCCAAAAAGGGAAGGAAAACCUCAUGCUGCUUCUGAGGUGUUUUCUGUUGACAAUAACAACAUGGAGAUGAAAGCAGAUGCCAAUGAGGUACUGAUGUUAGAGAGAGACAACAUACAUAAAUCUAUAUUUGUAGUGUGUAUAAAUGUAUAUGAUUGUUGAGUUUGAAAAUUUUAUUUACAAGAGAGAGGAAAAUUAUUGUUAUUAAUAUGAUGAUGUAAGGAUGUAAGAUGAGUUGAGCAAAUGAAGUAGAUUUAACUGCAGGUGUAUCCAUUGUAAAAGUCACACUUCUUAUUCUGUUCUUGUUGUGAAGGACAGAGGAUGGAUUAAUGCAUGAGGGUGGGCUUGUACCAUGGAUGUAUUAUCAAGGUGUGUUCAGACCAGAGAUGAAGAUACGAGACUUGACAUGGAUUUGGUUCAAAAAACAGCUCUAGCUCUGACUGAAUGCUAAGUGAAUUUUAAAUGCUGUCCGAAGGCAAAUAAAGUCAAAAGAAAACUUUGAGCAAAUGACACAAAUUUGCUCUAGGUGGAGCAAAAAUGCAUUUGUGUGAGUUGACAAUAUUUCAUCUCACUCAACCCACACACAGGCUAAUUGACUAUUGACAUCUGUACUGUUAGUUCACUGGCUCUUUGUGGUGAAUUAACUUUUUUUUUUUGCAUGAUUUAAAGGUUCCUUGUGGAGUUUUCUUGUAAACAAACAAAAAUUAUGUUGACAUUCAGUGUUAUUCACUAAAACACACUGAGGUCUAACAAACAUGUUGAGUGCAUC